GUCAGGUAUAAAAGUAACAGUAAAGCAGCACAACCAGAAGCAUCUCACAACAGAGUUCUCUGAGAACCCAGUAAUAACACCACAGCUAUGGGCAAGAUCAUCUUCUACGAGGACAGGAACUUCAUGGGACGUUCCUAUGAGACCAGCAGUGACUGCGCUGACAUGUCCUCCUACCUGAGCAGGUGUCACUCCUGCAGGGUGGAGAGCGGCUGCUUCAUGGUCUACGACCGUCCCAACUACAUGGGGAACCAGUACUUCAUGAAGAGGGGCGAGUACGCCGACUACAUGAGCACAAUGGGUAUGAAGGACUGCAUCAGGUCCUGCCGCAUGAUCCCCAUGCACAGAGGAUCCUUCAGGAUGAGGAUCUAUGAGAGGGAGAACUUCGAAGGUCAGAUGUACGAGAUGAUGGACGACUGCGACAACAUCAUGGACCGAUACCGCAUGAACAACUGCAUGUCCUGCAACGUGAUGGACGGCCACUGGCUGAUGUACGAGCAGCCCCACUACAGAGGCAGGAUGAUUUACAUGAGGCCCGGGGAGUACCGCAGCUUCAGGGACAUGGGCUUCAGCGGCAUGAGGUUCAUGAGCAUGAGGCGCAUCAUGGACAUGUGCUAGAUGUCUUCAUUCUGAAAUAAAAAACGGGGAUUUAUAAAAAAAAACUUUAAGGCUGUUUUUCUGAUCUUUAGUUCAUACUCAUCUAUUGAUCUGUUUUGGCAAAAUGCAAGUUUUAUGAAAAACAUCACAGAUUAUACUCGGUACAUCGAAGACAAUGCAAACACAGUUUAAAAGUAUGAAAAACUCAACAAUCGUAGACCAGUGUCCCAAACCCCAGGCCGCAGACCGGUACUGGUCCGUGUGCCACAAGGUACCGGGUCGCCGACAGAAAAAAAUAUCCACACUGACUUUUUUAUGUUUUCCAUUUGGUUUAUUUUAUGAUGCUGAAGGAAGUUUUAUUUUGACAAACUACCUGAUUCUGUUCACCAUCUGUCUGUCUUGAUAUGUCACGUGACUUUAAACUGCUGCUUGGACCGCUAAGUUAGGAACUCAACGCUCGAAGGCUAAUGAAAACCAAACAUUAAAAUGGAGAGAAAAGUUUGAGUGAGGAAAUAAAAGAUUCAGUCUGAAAUAAAAGUCUUUAACUUCACAGAAA